UCUUAAGAAAAAGGAGAAAAUGGAAGUUAUCUAAGUCCGGAGCUCUGUGAAAUAUCUCGGUGACUUUGUCGACAUUGAGACGAUCAUCGUCGUCGCUUAGUUUCCCUUCUAUUACCUGCGGCGGGGAAGGACACCCGGUAGGUCUAGCACACCCUGUAUGCGCGCAAACAUCUGUUCCUGUGGCGCAAAAUAAUCGCACGCAUAAAUAAACCACGACAGAACCGCGGCGUGCGUGUCUCACGUGAAGCGGGCAGAAAAACGCGACUUCACCGUUCACGAUUCGGAGUGCCGAAAAAGUCGCGGCGAGCCGAAGCUCUCUCGAUGAAAUCCCACGGAGCAUGCGAUACUCCGCGAGACAUUCCGAUAUGCAGUAAUUUCGCGAGGAAGUGGUUGAUCUCGAACAUGACGUCGAAUAUUCAAGACAAAAGACAAAGUGAGAUCAAGGCAGUAAACUCACGCGUGAGACGCGUUGUCGAUGUUUACCGAAACAUGCGGGGUCGAUGGUUUUUCAAAAAACGAGUCCACCUCAUUCCCUUCCCUUUACAGAGACAUGAAGACUGAAAAAUCGCAGUGAACAUUCUCAAAUUGGCCGAAGGAUCUGCCACUGAACGCUUUUAAUGACCAGACCAGGCCGUAAGCGAGGAACGUCGGAGAAUUUGAAAAACUAUAGGCUAUAGAUAAAAGAAAAAAGAACGUUAGGAAUAUAAACAUUAACGCGAGAGACACGCGUGCUCAAGAAAUCUCCUCGCUCGUUCGUGUUAACGGUGUAUCUUUAUUUAGAAUCUCGUUUCAGACGCCAUAUAUGGCGCUGUUGACGACGAAGGGUAGGAUCUCUGCGAAAAUGUCGAUCUUAGGAUCCAGGUGUCGGCCGAGACUCUCGACCACCAGCACGCUGAGGAUCACGUUGCUGAAGGAUGCAUCCUGCUUGACUCGAUGACGGAUCAUCGCGGAAAAUAAUUCCGUCACAACGGUACUCACACUCACCUGCGAAUAUUCAUAACAAGAACCGUGUGUGUAAUCAUUGUUUCUUCUAAGCAACAUCUAAAGAGCGUCUCGUAAAUUACGAUCGCAGUUUUAACCAAGUCUCCAAAUCAACUCAACGACUGAAUAAAUCGUUCGUUAUCGAAAACAAUCGCAAAUUGUGGCACGUCCUGCGUGUAUUUCUUCGUCUAAGAAAUGGAACGAUCGACUCCGUCGAGAUCGAAGGGGAAAACGAAAAUUAUUAAAAACAAUGUAAUUGCAGUUUCCAAGCGUGAAAUUGUUCAAACAAUGCGAUUUAAUAAUGUUGUUUGGCGGGGAAAAAGCUGAGAAAAUGUCUAAUGUCUAUGAGAAAGAAAGUGGAUUUUCACAGUCAUAUCCUUCUGCUUCUCAAGUGCAAAUUUAUCAUAAGGAUGUAUCGGGAAUGUCCGUCGACAGCGAGGCCAAUUUUUUUUUUUUUUUUUUUAAUAAGAAAACUAUCUAUAGGAAUCGUAAUAAUCGCAAUUAUCCAUUAUCAGCGUUAUGAGGCUGGUAUCAAAAACUGGUUAGCCUGCCCCGCACCGCGUGUUAAUACGCGAUACGCCGCGUAAUUGCUUGUCGCGACUACGCGGCCGUCGUUCCCAUCGUGAUACGUUUAUUCAGAGGCCGAUCGAUUCUGAUUGUAUCCGCGCGAUCUUAAUGGUAUGUGGCGACGUGCCCGCUAUAUAAUCACGGCCGGCUCGUACACGACGUCCGCCCUGCAUAUCGCGAUAAUUCGUCGCAACCGAAACCGAAGGCAGCGGUACCUCGAUGUGCGUAUACGUACAAUAUUUACCGCGCGAUCGCCAGCAGACUACGCGGCGUAUGCAUGCACGAAGAAAGAGAAAGAGAGAGAGAGAUUCUGAGAAGCAAGACGUGACGUCUAAAAAAUUAAUGACAAUCUUGCCAUCGCGUCGAGAUCCGCGGUCGAACGAGGACGUUAAACUGCCGGCGCGUUUCGUUCCUUCGGCGAUUCGCGAAUCUCGUCGGCAUACGCGGUAUCGUGUUUACUAACGUUAAGCGGCCUGCCAUAAUGGGCUUUCACAAUGUUCUUCAUCGCGCGUUUGAAUCCAUCCGAAUCAGGAGUCGUGUACGAAUUGUGCUCCAGGAUAUAUUGCGCCGCCAUUUCACCCUAAUGUUAUGCUUGACGUCAAUAUAGAUCGAUCGAGGGGUAAGAAGUCACGAUGGUCCACGAUUAACGACAUACAAACAACCUUUGUGUCCCUCCCUCCAUGCAAAAAUAAAAAACAAAUGAAUUAGAAACCAUGUAAACUGUAGUAAAAAACUUUGAGGUUGCUUUUCCGAAUAGAAAUUUGAAUUUUUUGUUAAGAAGACUGUGUAAACGCAAUUUUUCGUACAGAAUAAAAUAUGAAAUAAUGAA